AUGCAAUCUGAAAAAGCCCUCAGUUUUGGACGGGAUCUAUGCACAGGUUGUGUACUACAAUGUACGAGCACAGUCUUACGAGAAAGCACUAUGCAGGUAUAUGACAAUAGGGAGCAGCAGUCGAACAGAGUUCUUUUUUUUCAGGUAGACAUUGUGGUAGCAAGGGAAGGGGGAGAAAAUGCAAGGGAACAUUUCACCAGUUUCAAGAAAUCCUAUGUGAAUGUGCAAGUCGUUGGAGGGGAAAGAGGAUCGAACUUCCGCACACAUGCGCCAGACUUUGCAGAACUGACGCGAGCGCACCUUGCGUCAAAAGUGCGAACCGAAUACCAAGACGCCAUGGUUCUGCCUGAUGUCAUCCAAGCUCAGCAACGGACGGGCAUUGCGUCCCUCGCAGAUCGCAGCAAGGCGAAUCCACGGUCAGACAUACUCCAGGAUCUGGAAGAACAGCUUGGGGUAAAGACAAAGCAGAAUCCAAGGCAGGGCGAAACAUCGUCCGCUGUAGCGCUACGGCCAGUAGCUGCAGCAAAAGCCCAGCCUAGAUCAGAAUCAAAUUUGCAGAAAGCUUUGAUGCGACCUGAAGAGGCUGUGCAUGAUACCGGAAGAUCGAUGCUAAACAGUGCACUAGUUCGCAAGAAAGAAUUGGCGCAACAGCAGAUGAAGCCCGCUUACCACCCACCAUGGAAGCUGAUGCGUGUGAUAUCAGGGCAUCUAGGAUGGGUCCGCUGUGUGGCAGUGGAGCCGAACAAUCAAUGGUUUGCCACAGGAGCAGGAGAUCGCAUCAUCAAGAUAUGGGACAUGGCGUCGGGCGAGUUGAAACUGUCGCUCACAGGACAUAUAUCGACUGUACGUGGCCUGGCGGUCAGUGCGCGACACCCGUACAUGUUUUCGGCAGGGGAAGACAAGCUGGUCAAGUGUUGGGACUUGGAAACCAACAAGGUGGUUCGUCAGUAUUAUGGACACUUGUCAGGUAUCUAUGCAUUGAGUUUGCACCCGACACUGGAUGUGAUUGUGACGGCAGGACGAGAUGCGUCUGCCCGUGUAUGGGAUAUGCGAACAAAGACCCAGAUUCACGUGCUCGGUGGGCAUCGUGGUACAGUCGCAAGUGUCGAGUGUCAGGAAAGUGACCCGCAAGUGAUCACAGGAAGUAUGGAUGCCUCGGUGAAGCUGUGGGACUUGGCGGCAGGACGAUGCAUGACGACACUCACACACCAUAAAAAGUCGGUGCGAGCUUUAGCAAUCCCACCGCAUGAAUUCACGUUUGCGUCAGGUUCUGCAGGUGGACGAAAUAUCAAAAAAUGGCGAUGUCCUGAGGGCACGUUAAUGACGAACAUGACACACGAUGCCAUUGUGAACACGUUAUCGGUCAAUGCAGAUGGUGUGCUGUUCUCGGGCGCAGACGAUGGAUCGAUGAAGUUCUACGAUUAUGCCACGGGGAUUCCGUUCCAAUCAGCCAACGAUAUUGUGCAGCCAGGAUCCCUGGACGCAGAGGCUGGGAUCUUUUGUUCUUCAUUUGAUCAAACAGGCACACGAUUGAUCACUGGGUGCGCCGACAAGACGAUCAAAAUCUAUCGUGAAAUGUAG